AUGCACAACCUGCCAUCCACCCACACUACACCCACCAUGACCGUCGCCGAGACCGUAAAGGACGCCGCGCAUAGCGUGCAGGAUGCCGUCGGCCUUGGACAUGGCCACGGUCACGGUCACGGCCACGACGCCCACCCACCAAGACAAGCCACACGCAAAGAGAUGUCCGCCAACAAAGUGCCCCUGCCAUACCGAGACUCGUGCGCCAGCCUACUUAUCCCGCUGAACAAGUGCCGGUUUGACAACUAUUACUUGCCGUGGAGGUGCAUGGAUGAGAGACACUCAUAUGAAAAGUGCCAAUACGAGGAGUUCAAGCUACGAGUGAAGAAGAUGGAUGAGAUCAGAGCGGAGAAGAACGGCGAGAGGAGUAACUAA